AUGAGGCAAGGUUUAGUUCGAGGUGAGGUCGAAAUUAUUCAUCCUAUAUUGACAUGGUUCUUAACGCAUAUUGAUGUAAUUCGGAAAAGAGCGUAUCUAUCACGGUUUCUCAUCAAGAUAGAAAUUCCACCAGAGUAUCUAGGAGAUUCGGAAAUAUCUCUUUUAUAUGAACAAUAUUUAUCCUUGGUCGAUAAAUUUAAAACAAUUCAUAAAGAAAGAGAAAUUGGAAAAAAGAAUGUUGAAGCUGCCGUCGAACUUGCAGCGGAUUUACAAACAAUGGAAAAAGAAAAAGAAGUAACUAAUUGCGCUAUCGGUAAAAUCAAAUCAAAGGCUGAACUUGCGCUGCAUUUAUUAGAUGCCUGCAGAUUAUUACGAAUGGAAGACAAAGAACGCGAUUUAAUAUUGGAGAAAGAGCAAGAAAAAGAGACUAUUUUCAAUUUACAAAAUUCUCUUCAAAGAGUUGAACGCGAGUUACAAGUUUUGAAGCGUGAUAGUACUGGACUCACACCGCAAAUAUUAAUUCAACAUUUGAUAGAAGAAGUAACGGUGCAAUCUGCGAUUGUAAAAGAAAAACUUCCAUCUGAAUUAAACGCAAAGAAAAAUUGGAUAAAAGCUUUAUUAAUAGUCAAAGAAUAUUCUUAUUUAGGUCCAGAUAAGAUCAUAACCUUGAGAAACAAUUUGGACGUAAUAUUAAAGAACAUACAAGAUUUAAUGGAAUCCAAAGUACGUACAGAAUCGAAGAACAAUAUUGAUAAAAUAGAGCCGUUCAGACAACAAGCUGCUGCUGUUGGAAAUAUGAAACGAAAUGCUCUUGAACGUUUAGAGAAAAUUGAAAGUUCUUUAGAGGAAUUACAAUUACGAUUAAAAGAAAAACAAGAUUCGAAAAGCUUGUUGCAAAUGUCAAUACCUAAAGCGGAGGUUAAAAAAUAUAUCAAUCGUUUAAAAAAUAAGAGUACAGUAUAUAAAACGGCAAAAACAGAGAUAGCUGGUUUACAAGCAGAAAGUGGUGUACUUCAUCGAACAGCAACUAUUUUAGACACGCAGAUUACUAAUUCUUAUCCAACUGAUAUUAUAUCUAAAGUAGUGAUUCCAGAAAAUUAUAUAUUAGAGAACGCAUUAACAACAAAUGGCCAAUUAUCUCACUCAAUAUCGACUUUGCGUACCAAUCUUGCUCCAGUCAUAAGAGGUAAUAACAAAUAAGUCUUUUGCGAAGGAUUUUGCACAUCUUAUGGAAAAUUGUUUCCUAGUAAAUUUCGUUCAAAUUUUAGAAUUUUGUAAUUUAUGUAACAUUGU